UUUUCUAUGUCAAAUCUACAUCAUAUCGUGAUUGUUGGUGGUGGCGCUGGUGGUUUAGAACUGGUGACACAACUCGGUGAUACGCUUGGAAAGAGUAAAAAAGCCAAAAUCACCCUUGUUGACCAAAAACUCACCCAUAUCUGGAAACCAUUGCUGCAUGAAAUUGCAGCUGGCACCAUGAACCCAAGUGAUGAAGAAACCAAUUACUAUGCGCAUGCAGCCAAGCAUCACUAUGAAUUUGUCUUGGGCCGUUUUGAACAUUUAGAUCGUGAUAACAAAACCAUCGAGCUUAGCAAAACCCAAACCAGUAAAUAUGAAUCCAAUCAAGAGCAAAUCACACUGCAUUAUGACACUUUAAUUCUGGCCGUCGGCUCAGUCUCCAAUGACUUUAAUACGCCUGGGGUUAAAGAGUUUUGUCAUUAUCUCGACAGUCGUCAACAAGCAGAAGUCUUCCAGCAGGACUUACUGCACUUGCGCAACAGGUGUUGA